GCUUCAUUUCCUCAGGGUAUUCUCGAAAGGCGGUUGUUUGCUUUGUAGUUGCGUCACUAACUCACAAAUACGUAACUUUUGAAAUUUGGUGGUGAUCUUAACAAUGUUUCGAUCAAAUAUAACUUUGAAAAUCCGUGUUUACCCCGCAGACUCGUGGACUUUGGAUCGCAAUGCGGCUGCUAAGCGCAUUCAUUCAAGCGCGCUGGGCGCUGCGAGUUCCCGUUGUUUUCUGUCAUAGGAGCUUCCCGGGUAUUACUAUGACUUCUGUUCGCAUCACGGUAAAGCCCGAUAGAAGCUCUCUCUUCGACCGUUCGGUAAAUCUGAAAGUAGAAGGCCUUCGGCCGCGGGAGACGGUGACGCUUCAAUCCACGCUGACGGAUGAGAAGGGGGAGCUGUUUGAGGCCCGUGCUCGAUAUCAGGCGGACGAAGAGGGGCACCUGGAUCUCGCCUCCAGCCCCGCGCUUGGCGGCGACUAUUCGGGGGUUGAGCCCAUGGGCUUCAUAUGGGCUCUGAAGCCUCGGAGCCUGCACGGUCGACUUGUGAAAAGGGACGUCACCAAGCCUUUCAGAGUGGAUGUCGAGGUGAGAGCGGGCUGGCAGAACCGCUCUUUGGGGCCGCUGCUGGCCACCUGCGCACUGAAGCGGCAUUUCAUCGCCCAGGGAGUGCGUAGAGUGCCCGUCAGAGAAGGCCGCGUGCGUGGUACGCUCUUUCUGCCUGCGGGAGAUGGCCCAUUUCCAGGAAUAAUUGACCUUGGUGGUACUGCAGGAGGAUUGCUGGAACAUCGUGCUAGUCUCCUGGCCAGCCAUGGCUUUGCUGCCAUGGCCCUCGCCUACUUUGGUUUUGAGGAUUUGCCUGCGAUGAUGUCUGAAUUCCACCUGGAGUACUUUGAGGAGGCUUUACGAUAUCUGCAGGGGAUACCCCAGGUAAAGAAGUCGGGCAUUGGAGUUAUGGGUUUAUCCAAGGGAGCUGAUUUGGCUUUAUCUAUGGCAACAUUUUUGCAUGGCAUUUCCGCUGUGGUCAGUGUGUCUGGCUGCAAUUCCAACUCUAUUGCUCCUCUACAUUAUAAAGGAGUGGUUGUGCCUGGAUUAGGAAUGAGCCUUGACCAAGCCCGAGCUGAUGAAUUUGGUGUUCUGGACUUCUCAGACUGUUAUGAGGACCCUCGAGAAAAUCACAACCAAGCUUGUGUGGUACCCAUUGAGAGGUCAUCAGCUCAGUUUCUGUUUGUGGUGGCAGAAGAUGACCAGAACUGGAAAAGCAGCUUUUAUGCACAAGAAGCUGUAAAACGAUUCAACAUGCAUGGCAGAGCACCCCCUGAAUUUCUGAGUCUACCUGGAGCGGGCCAUCUCCUUGAGCCACCCUAUUUCCCUCACUGUCGAUCUUCAUUUCACAAAAUUGUGGGGGCCCCACUACUGUGGGGUGGGGAAUGCCAGGCUCAUGCUGUUGCACAGGAAAAAGCUUGGAAGAAAAUAAGUCACUUCUUUCAGGAAAAUCUGAAUGAAGACGAGUGGCAGGAUCCAAAGAGCAAGCUUUAGUGUCAUGUAGUGAUUUGGUGGAGCUAUGAUCUCUAACUGGGAUAGUAGUGGUAUGAAAGAAGUGGAAAAAAGCCUUCUUGACUAUCAGAUGCCUUAUAUGUGUAAUUUGUUUUACAUUAUGCAGCACUUUGUUUUGAAGUUAAAUGGGUGAUUUUACUUUUCAAAACAAUAUAGAGGAUUUAAGUAUAAUACAAAUAAACCUAAAACUGAAUAUUUUGUACAAUAAAACAAAUGAUUUUGAGGGAUUGUUUAAUUUGGAAUAGAAAAUUAAGUAAAAUGUAUGUACAUAUUA